AGAGUGUCCGGACUGGAAGGGGGGUGAAAGCUUCCGGACUGGAAGGGGGGGAAAGCUUCCGGACUGGAAGGGGGGAAAGCUUCCGGACUGGAAAGUGUCCGGACUGGAAGGGGGUGAGAGUGUCCGGACUGGAAGGGGGUGAGAGUGUCUGGACUGGAAGGGGGUAAAUGAGUCCGGACUAGAAGGGGGGGAAACUGUCCAGACUGGAAGGGGGUGAAAAUGUCCGGACUGGAAGGGGGGGGAAAGUGUCCGGACAGGAAGGGGGGGAAAGUGUCCGGACUGAAGGGGGGGACAGGAAGGGGGGGAAAGUGUCUGGACUGGAAGGGGGGGAAAGUGUCCGGACUGGAAGGGGGGGGAAGUGUCCGGACUGGAAGGGGGGGAAAGUGUCCGGACUGGAAGAGGGCCAACAGCCGUGAAACGGGUAGACCUGUUGGAAUAAGGGGGGGGGAAAGUGCCGGACUGAAAAGCGAAGAAAGUGUCCUGGAAUGG